AAUUUCAUUCACAAACAAAUAUUUCUAAGAGAAUCCUCUCAUCCAUUCCUAGACACAAACUCUAGCUUCCAUUAAAAAAACAUUUUCAUACAUACCACCAUGCACACUCCCUUUUCUAAUCAAAUGGACAAACUCAUAUUCAAUUGUUGCAUUUCAUACUUUCUCCUUUUCACUCUCUUUUUUGUGCAUGGAAAAGAAUUUUCAUGCAAUCAAACUCCAUACCCUCAUGUGUGCAACCAUUACAUUGGUUCCACUACCACAAAUACACUAUCAACCCUAGAUUCUUCUUCUUUCCAUGAUAUGGCUCUUAAGGUUACCAUGGACCAAGCCAUUGAAGCACAAAAACUUGUGUCAACCAUGGAUUUAAAUAACUUCAAAGACAAGAAAGCCAAGUCAGCAUGGGAAGAUUGUCUAGAACUUUAUGAGGAUACAAUUUAUCAACUCAAAAGAUCAAUAAACUCAAACAAUCUAAAUGAUAAAUUAACUUGGCAAAGUGCUUCCAUUACAAACCACCAAACUUGUCAAAAUGGUUUCAUUGAUUUCAACCUUCCCUCUCACUUAAACUACUUCCCUUCCAUGUUAGGCAAUUUCUCUAAAUUGCUUAGCAACUCCUUGUCCAUUAGUAACACUCUAGCUUCAUCAUAUUCAUCCUCAUCCUCAUCCUCAUCCUCCUCCUCCUCAUCAUCGUUGUCAACUACUAAACAAAAUGGAGGAAGAAGGUUGUUGUCUGACAGAUUUCCAUCUUGGCUUUCUGGCUCAGAUAGAAAACUGCUUCAGGCAACAACAGGAGCAGAUAUCGUAGUGGCACAAGAUGGAAGCGGACACUAUAAAACAAUCUCAGAAGGUGUAGUUGGAGCUUCUAAACUUAGUGGGAAAGGAAGAGUUAUUAUUCAUGUGAAAGCCGGUGUUUAUAAAGAGAAUGUUGAUAUCAAGAGAUCAGUGCAAAAUCUAAUGAUAUUUGGAGAUGGAAUGGAUUCCACUAUUGUCACUGGUAAUCAAAAUGCUAUAGAUGGUUCUACAACUUUUCGUUCAGCUACUUUUGCUGUUAUGGGAGAUGGUUUCAUAGCUAAAGACAUAACCUUUGAGAACACAGCCGGACCACAAAAACAUCAAGCAGUUGCUCUCCGUUCCGGCGCCGACCACUCCGUCUUCUACCGUUGCGCCUUCAAAGGCUACCAAGACACCUUAUAUGUUUACGCCAACCGUCAAUUCUAUCGUGACUGUAACAUCUAUGGAACAAUCGAUUUCAUCUUCGGUAACGCUGUUUCCGUCCUUCAAAACUCCAACAUCUUCAUUAGAAAACCAAUGAGUAACCAACAGAACACUGUAACAGCACAAGGGCGUACCGAUCCAAAUGAAAACACCGGAAUCGUGAUUCAUAACUGUCGCAUAACCGCCGCAGGUGAUUUGAAACCGGUUCAGGGUUCUGUUAAAAGUUAUCUUGGUAGACCAUGGCAAAAAUAUUCAAGAACGGUUGUUAUGAAAAGUAAUAUUGAUGGUGUGAUUAAUUCUCAAGGUUGGGCUCCAUGGAUGGGUGGAUUUGCUUUAAGUACUCUUUAUUAUGGCGAAUAUAUGAAUGUUGGUGGCGGUGCCGGUACCGGUGGAAGAGUUAAUUGGCCUGGUUUUCAUGUUAUUACUAAUCCUUCUGAGGCUGUUAAAUUUUCUGUUGGGAAUUUUUUGGCUGGUGGUUCUUGGAUUGCUGGUAGUGGUGUGCCGUUUGAUGCAGGUUUGUGAAUAAUAACGACCGUCAAAUUGAUUGACUAUACUCUUCACGGAAUAAAAUAUAAACAGAAAGAUUCAGAAAGUCAAAUAUAUCUGGUCUAAACUAUAGACCAGAUAUAUUCGAUAUUUUUGAAUUUUUUAGUUUAUACUUUAAUUGAGGAGUAUAGUGAAAGAAACUAAAGUGAUUGAUCAUGUAUAGUGAAGGAGACUUGAAUGAUGAUGAUUUUGGUAUUUUAUGUAUAAACAAAAAGGGGAUGGUGAAAGCACAAUGGUGAACAUUAAAGAUAGACAAAUUAUAUAUUUGUCAUGUAGUUUUUGUUGGGUUUUUCCUUGUACAAAGGGUAACACAAGAUGCUGUGUUGUACUUUAUCAUCUGUCCAUAUCCUUUAACCUAAAGGGUCAACUAUAAAUAGAUAGGUGAAUAAGUCCUUAUUAUAAUUACGUUUAGUAUCAAUAAGGUUGUAAAGAAAGAAAAAAUAUAAGGUUAAGUUUAGUUUAUUUCCUCUUUGAUUACUGUAUAUGUAUGUAAGUAUACACAUAUAUUUGUAUAAAAGUCUUUGAUCUCUUUCCACUUGCA